AUGGCAGAACAAGGUGUUCCUACUUUUAAGCUCGUCCUUGUCGGUGACGGUGGUACUGGUAAGACCACAUUUGUCAAGAGACAUUUGACUGGUGAAUUUGAAAAGAAAUAUAUGGCUACUUCUGGUGUUGAAGUUCAUCCAAUGUCGUUCUACACCAACUUUGGUGAGAUCAAGUUCGAUGUCUGGGAUACUGCUGGCCAAGAGAAGUUUGGUGGUUUAAGAGACGGUUAUUACAUCAAUGGUCAAUGUGGUAUUAUUAUGUUUGAUGUCACCUCCAGAAUCACCUAUAAGAAUGUUCCAAACUGGUACAGAGAUUUAGUCAGAGUCUGUGAGAACAUUCCAAUUGUUCUUUGUGGUAACAAGGUCGAUGUCAAGGAAAGAAAAGUUAAGGCAAAGACCAUCACUUUUCACAGAAAGAAGAACUUACAAUAUUUCGACAUUUCUGCAAAGUCCAACUACAACUUUGAGAAGCCAUUCUUAUGGUUGGCUAGAAAGUUGGUUGGUAACAACCAAUUGGAAUUUGUUGAAUCUCCAGCUUUGGCGCCACCUGAAGUCACUGUCGACUCCGACUUGAUGGCUAAAUACCAAGCGGAAAUGGACCAAGCAGCUGCUAUGCCAUUGCCAGACGAAGACGAUGCAGAUUUAUAG